GGGGGGGGGGGGUGGGGCGUCUCCAUCUCGCGCACGCGUCACCGCGCGCCUCUAAUCCGCACCAGCGGCCGGGUCGUUUCCCGCGCUUAGGCAGUCAUCAAAGGGAAUAUUUCACCUCCUGCUCCUCUGGCACCGCUCUCCACUAACGUAAAGAAGCGGGAGGAAGCUACGAAGACCAUGAAACAUGUACAACAAACCGUCUGGGCCUUAAACUUUCGUUAUGGGAUGAAAGGCAGCAGGAGAAAGCCGCACACCUCCUCUCCACAUGAGGGCACUGUGCGCACAUCCACCGGUCCUGCUGACGGAAAAACUAUUUUGCUGAGUUGAAUCAUUACCGUUGUAUAGAUUCAUGCCUAACUCUACAUAUUUUUACACAUCGGAGGUGUCCAUGUAUGGAUUUGAUUCCAUUGUGAUCCAGAGUAAAUCCUAAAUUAAAUCCUCGCUUUGAGAGAGGCGGCAGGCUGGAGGAGGAUGAUGUGGCGAGGUUGUCGUAUCGGGGCUGAGCAGGAGCUGCUCAGGUAAUUACAGGCAGGGAGGUGUGAUGAUAAAAUCCCCGCAUGCUUAUAAAACAUGUUUUUAAUCAGCAUCACCUGAUCAGUUUUCGCCGAGUGAACCUGGAGUUCUCUGGUGUGCAGGUUAGUACUCACUACCUUUAAUGCCCGGAUGUCCCACCCUUCCAUAAAUCAGUGUCCAUUAGCCUCAGACCCCCUUUGAGCAAAGCCCUCACUCUCUACGCUGGUGAUUAAUACCCACUGUUCUCUGGCUUGUGUUUGCCUUGAUCACUUUGCUUCCUUUUCCUUUCCCUAUUUCCUCUCCCCUACUCUCUUCCUCCUGUCCUCUGUGGUUAAACGCAACCCGCCCUGCCGCUGCUCCGUCUCCCCCCGCCUAACACCCGUAGCGCUCGCCCGACGUGUGUCGCCUGAGGGAACGCUGUGCCAGGACCAAACGAGAACUGGCCACCAGGCUGUCUGGCAAGCACAACUAUGACAUCAAGGUUCAGCAGCUCAUGAAGGCGGCGAGGAGCGGGACGAAGGAUGGGCUGGAAAAGACCAAGAUAGCCGUCAUGCGCAAAGUUUCCUUCCUGCAGAGAAAAGAUCAAUUGGAGGAGGAGGAUGAUGCAGGGUACCUGGAUGUGGCCAUGUCAGAAAUGAAGCAUCCUCCUCCCCAGCUGAGCCCCAUGCCGGAGGGGCUGACCAACCACCAGGUCGUCAGACGCCACAUCCUCGGCUCCAUCAUUCAGAGCGAGCGGAGCUACCUGGAAUCUCUCCGGAGAAUCGGGCAGGAAUACCAGAGGCCGCUGAUGGAGGCCGAUCCACGCAUCUUGAGCCCGAGGAAGCUGCGGCCUAUUUUUUACAGAAUGAGGGAGAUCACUCAGUGCCACUCCAUGUUUCAGAUUGCGCUGGCGUCGCGCGUGGCUGAGUGGGACAGCAGCGAGAAAAUCGGAGACUUAUUUGUUGCCUCGUUUUCCAAAUCCAUGGUGCUGGAUGUUUACAGCGACUACGUGAACAACUUCACCAAUGCCAUGGCGCUGAUUAAGAAGGCGUGCCUGUCCAAACCCGCGUUCCUGGAGUUCUUAAAGAAGAAGCAAGCGACCAGUGUGGACCGGAUCACUCUCUACGGCCUGAUGGUUAAGCCCAUUCAGCGAUUCCCUCAGUUCAUAUUGCUCCUGCAGGACAUGCUGAAGAACACGCCGAAGGGCCACGUGGACCGCCUGCCGCUGCAGCUCGCCCUCACCGAGCUGGAGACGCUGGCCGAGAAGCUCAACGAACAGAAGCGGGUGGCCGACCAGAUCGCCGAGACCCGGCAGCUCGCCCGCAGCGUCAGCGACCGCCUGCUCAGCAAGCAACUGAACUCGGAGCAGGGGUCGCUGGUGCUUUGUGAGACGCUCAUUGAGACGGUGUACGGCGAGAGGGGACAAGUCCUGAAGUCGAAGGAGAGAAAGGUCUUCCUCUUUGAUGAUGUGCUCGUCUGCGCCAACAUAAAUGUCAAGGGGCCUCCGGACGUCAGCAGCCUGGUCCCCGUCGGCCCCAAGUACACCAUGAAGUGGAGCGCCCCCUUGCAGCAGGUGCAAGUGGUGGAGGUGGGCCAGGAGGUCUCCCAAAGCCAAGACGCCCUCUUCCAACAGAGCGGGGCCAAGCGAGCCGGCCCCCCAGGCAAGGCGUUCCUCGGCCCCCCCCGGCUCUACCAGGAGCUGCAGGAGCUUCAGCAUGACCUUUCCGUCGUGGAGGAGGUCACCCUCCUCGUGGGCACUCUGCAGGGGACGUACCAGAACCUGAACACCACUGUGGCCCAGGACUGGUGUCUGGCUCUGCAGAGGCUCAUCCGCAUGAAGGAAGAGCAGAUCCAGAGCGCCAACAAAUGUCGCCUACGCCUGCAGGUACCCGGCAGACCAGACAAGUCCGGGCGUCCCGUCAGUUUCAUGGUGGUCCUCAACACCCCCAGCCCCGUCAGCAAGAUCUCCUGGGUCAACCGUCUGCACUUGGCCAAGAUCGCACAACGGGAGGAGAACUCGCCCGGGUGGGUGUGUGGACAGGACGAAGGGAAGAGCAUCGCCCCGUUCUGGUGUCCGCUGCUCGCCUGUCACAUGCCCGUCUUUGCCACAAAGUCCCCGGACCGAAAGCUUGAAGCUGCCCUCCACAACCCGGUUCACUGUGCGCUGUUGGGCUUCUCCGCAGCGAGCACCUCCUUACCUCAAGGCUACUUUUGGGUGGCCGGCGGAGACGGCGCGCACGGACAGAUCGAGAUAUUUUCCCUCAACAGACCCACGCCGAGGACGGUCAAGAGCCUGCCGGUCGACGCCGCCGUCCGCUGUCUGGAAUACGUGCCGGAACCUUCUCCGUCUGAGGAAGCGGAGGCCGGAGUCCACAAGGCCUCCGGGGUCGGCGCCAGCAUUUGCGUUGGGUUGGACGACGGGCGCGUGCUGGUGUACGGCAGCGUGGACACGGCGGCGCAGUGCCUGCUGACCCUCGCCGCCGCCGAGGGCUCCCCCGUGCUGUGCCUCAAGCACUCCGCCCGCUUCCUGUUCGCCGGCCUGCGCAGCGGCGCCCUGAUGGUCUACGGGAGGAAAGAGGACGAUGCUCUGUGGGACCCGGACUCGUGCAGAUGUGUAAAACUGGGCUCGCAACCGGUGCGGACUCUGCUGGUGUUGGACGACUCGGUGUGGGCGAGCUGCGGGAACUCGGUGACCGUGGUGGACGUCUCCAGUCUCAGCACCCAGACGUUUGAGGUCCACCCUGACCCAAUGAUCAGCGUCGCGCACACGGCGUGCGCCGGCGGGGGGGUGUGGAUGGCGUUCUCCGAGGGUUCCUCCAUCCGUCUCUUUCAUACCGAAACGCUGGAGCUUCUGCAGGAGAUCAACGUGUCGACGCGUUCGACGCUGCUGAACACGGGUCAAAAGAGCGUGCGGGUCACCAGUCUCCUGAUCUGCCAGGGGCUGUUGUGGGUGGGCACGCCCCAGGGCUUAAUCAUCACCCUGCCGGUUCCCAAACUCGAGGGCAUCCCCAAAAUAACAGGGAAGGGAAUGGUGUCUCUCAACGCCCACCGCGGGCCGGUGGACUUCCUGGCGGCCACCAGCGGCACCCUGUCCCCCGAGCUGCUGAAGAGGGAUUCGGUCGCGGACGGUCCGGACUCGGCCUUCGGCGGCGACGCCUCCUCCCAGGAGUCCCUGCAGCAUUGCUACCAGGGGGAGGGACGGGGCAAAGGGCGCGGCGUCCUGCUGCAGUACAAGCUGCGCUCCACCUCGGGACUCCCCGGGCAGCCGCUGACGGCGGCGGGGGGCGACGCGGCGGCGUCCGACUCCUCCCUGGAGUCCCUGGAGCACAGCGUGGAGGACGGCUCCAUCUACGAGCUCAGCGACGACCCCGAGAUGUGGGUGCGGGGGCGUCCCUGCGAGAGGGACGGGGGACGCAGGGACAGGGUGGUCUCGGCGGCGGUCAUCUCCGGGGGGAAGGGCUUCCGCAGACUGAAGGAAGGAGCCGCAGCAGCAGGCGCCCCGAGCGGCGGGGAGGGUUUGGAGAACGUCCUCAUGGUGUGGCAGCUCCCGCUGACAGUGUGAGGACGCACGGCGGGGCGGCGGGGCGGCGGCGGCGGCGGGUUAACGGAACGCAGGCGACGACCCCCCGUCCCCCCGUUCCACACGUACAGAGGGUUUGAGUGAAGGCGCUGACGUAGGAAAGACGGCGUCUCGGCGGAGGUGUGAUCUUUUUGAUCCUCUUCCUCCUUUUCGGAUGGAGACUCCUCAAUCGACGCUCGCCGGUGCGGGGCGGCGGGGGGGACGGGGCCUUUUGUUGAGUCCGCUGCGCUAGACUCUGCCAGCUCGUCUCUCGUCCCGGACGAUGUGAACGUCAGAGACCUUCCUCUGUGUGAAAAAGGAUUUCUUUCCCGUCCGGGUGCAGCUGUGGCAGAAGUGAUUUUUGGUCACAGUGAAUGAGUUGCUUCAGGGAGGCGAGUCAUGGUGCUGCCUGCUGCCUGCGUUUGUUUCACAUGAUCCAUAUUUGCACAGAUGCAUUUGGGUAACAGCCACGUUCCGCAGUGGGGUUCGUCACACAACACACGCAAACCUCGGCUACACAAAAGACAAACUCUACAAUUCCACGAUGAAAUAAAAAAAGGCUGCUUUUAUGUGGACAGACACACCGACGCAUCUACAUCAGCCAGAAGAUAUGAGAAGAUCAACUGGGUCCCAUCGGCACUCAUGCUAAUAUUACUUGGAUUUAAAUGGAAAUAUUAAUGUUAAUGAUAAAAAUAGGAGGUUUCAUGUAAAUAAAUCUGGUCUCCAUUGGGGAAAGAUAAGAUGGUCUUUAACCCGACCGGCCUCUAAAACCGCUCUAACCACUUUUAAUGACUUAAAAACGUAUCGUUGCUUCUUCUUACUGAUAAAAUAAAGUCGGGUCAGUGAAACGCAGCCACAGGAUCACGUUGGAUUGGAGCUGUAAGCAGAAGCAGCCAGAGGCCCCGUGUGGAGUAUUCUGUUCCCUUUAGGACUUUUUAUGUUUAAAUUGCUGGUAGCAAAGGGUUGUGGACGUGGACCAUUGACACGGCGUGCGUACAGCGCGUGUAUUUCACAGCGAGCGGGGAGGCGUAGCAAGUAGCCGAGUACGAAGACCUUUUGUGUAUUCUCAAUAAACAGAGUGAUGGCGAAGGUUAGCGUACAUCCUCGUUCUCCAUCGCCGUCUCUAUUUAGCACAUCCACCGCGCGUUACAUCUCAUCUCACUCUUCCACGCGGAUGAAGCCAGAAUAUUCAUUGCGUUGUGUAAGUCCCCGAGGCACAUCGAGGUUUAUCUUCCCCCUUUUCUUCUCCUCGCCGCUGCAGCAUCUCAACACCGGCCAGAUCGUGGUGAACUCGUCUCAAUGUGAUGUCAGAAAAUGUAAACUCUUCCGAUGCUGCUGGAGCCACAAUGAAGCCGUCACUAGUGGGUCCGACUUGUAUGAGGAGCGCGUCCACCUGUCAAAGAUGACCCGCCUCUAAUCUACAGCGUCGUGCCAUUUGGGGGACGUUGACUCAUACAUUUGAAUGUGUACAGGUGUCCAUGCACCCAAUGUGAUUACUCUUAAAUGAGCGUACCGUGCUACUAAUUUAACCUGCAGACUGUAACAGACUGUAACACUGCAGAGUGUAACAGACUGACACAGAACCUCGUUUAAUGGAAACUCAAAUGUUAUUUUUAGGUUUGGCCAUCAGUUUUGGUAACACCUAUCUCAUAAUAAUAAUAAUCAUAUUAAUAAUAAUUAAAAAACCUGAGAGCUUUGAAUGCAAGAGAAGGAACAAAAACAGUCACAUGACCACGCUGUCAUUUGCAAACAUCUUGGACAUCUGGGCUUUUUUAUGGAAGAAAUAAAAACCCAGGAAUGCAUCUUAUUUGUCUCGGUUUGCAGAGAGCCUGUGGCCAUCGGACACCCUUUUGUUAACGUCCCGGAGCGGUGACCGAAAUGACGGCCAAACCCACGAAAGUACGGUUACAUGAGACAAUUCAGUAACAGGAAUGACAGUAUUACGCUCACAGGCGCGAGGAACCGUCGCUCACUUCCACCCCGCUCAGUUCUUGUGAGGUGUCUAACAAGCUCAUGCUGAAUUAAAAAAGAUAUUUAAACCAGA